GCUUCCAGACUGCUAUACAACGCACCGGCAAAGCCGGGAAGAAAUGUGCAGAGAAAGAACCAAGUUAUUCAAUUGCAAAAGAGAAAGCAGCAGGCGGAAGCGUAGGCAAGCCCUCCGAGCAACCCGACGUAUCAACGGCAACGAAUCUGCUUCCAGCUUCUCGGCGCACGGACAGUAGUGUCGAGACGGACGGCAAUACAGAGAACCAUCACCGUCCUCGGGACACCUUCAGGCGUAUCAUGCUUGGCGCACUCCGGAUUUUACCUGGGCCGACGGCCGACUCUGGCUGGGCACUAUGUCCUCCUGUCGUGCUCAAGUUCGACUCCGCGAGCUACUUCUUCAACGUGCCCGAAGGCACUUCCCGGACCAUGUCGCAACGCCGCGGGCCAACACUCGGCUUCAACAACAACCAAGGCGCCAUCUUCGUUCCUGCGACACAUGCGGAGGCGAUGGGAGGCCUGCAUGGGUUCUUGAUGGGGAUCGCGGACUCGGCCAAAAGUGGCAAACGGACCAAGGUCAAGCUCAUCGGCGCACCCAACUUCAAGCAUGCCAUCGCCGCUGGAAGGUCGUUCAACAAAAGAAGCACAAUUUCACUUGAGGUCGUCGAAGCCUCCUUCGUUCCUCCAUCCGUCCAGAGUAGCUCGAUGUCGCAUCCUGCUCUGACAAGCAUCUCCGACUCUAACUCCGCGCAAACUGAGCCCGUUCUCCCGUAUGGCGUGCAACUCCUGCAUGCCGACAGCUUGGUGAAAGUCUAUGGCGUGCAAUUACACAACAGCGCCUAUGACUUUACAAGCGUCGGAAAAGAGGAAGAAGCCUCUGAGGUGCCUCUAUUCGCCGAUAGCGAUGCAGCGGUCAACCGGAAUAAUGGAAGCCUUCCUCAUCCCGCGAAGCGAGCGAAGCUAUCGAACGACAGUACAGACGAGCAACCAGAGCCCAGGUCUGGAACGCAUUUCCCCAAAUUGAAGUUGCUAGAUGGUUCAUUGCAACAGCAUGAAGACUCUAGCACAACGUAUGACCCGAGCGUAGAUCCGGCGCCAUGGGAUACCGUUCCGGCAUGGUACGCGGGGAAGCUCCGAAAGCCGGAUGCCGCGCGCCUCGUUGAUGCAAUCAUUGCGGACAUGUACAAGUACAGGCCUGGCGCAAAAGCUUUCGAGCCAGAAGAACCCAGACUUGAAGCUCAGCCAACUGCCCAGAGUCCACCGCGAGCAAACGAGGAGAAACUGACUGAUGGCAAGCAGGCGCUCCAGGAGCCUGUUCCCAUGGGGACCACGCCAGCAUGGCUUCGCCACAGGUUGCCACCAGCUCCACUCAGCACUCGCCAUGCACCGAGGUUCCCCCGGAACCGAGCGGAGGCAGUGGACAGCGCCUUACCCCCCGUCACGCUGACGUACAUUGUCGAAACGCCAGCUAGGCGCGGCAACAUGGACGCCGCUAAGGCGGCCGCGAUCGGGGUACCGGCUGGUCCCGCGCUGGGUGUCUUGGCAGCGGGGCGUUCGAUCGAGCUCAAGCGCCCUGAAGCAUGGGAGAUAAUGGAUGUCACCGGACGCAAAGCUUGGCUCGAUGCGCAGAGGAAGGCUGCGCAGGUGGGAAAGGGCAAGAAGCAGAACAACAAGAAAAAGGAAACGGACAUGAAAGGAGAGCAACAAACGCCACUUACCGAAAUGAAGGUCGUUGAGUUUACAGUCACGCCUGACAUGGUUCUUGAGCCUUCACAGCCUGGAUCGGUGUUCAUACAAACCUAUCUUCCUUCGGUCUCCUACCUUCCGUCGCUUCUUGGAAGCAGAGCAUUCGAUCGAUACAAGCAGGCGUCAAGUACUGAUACUUCUGAACUGCAAGGACCGGCAAACGUCAUUCUGCACUGCGUGACAGCGGAGGUUCUAGCAGACGAAAGGUACCAAACAUGGAUGAAAUCGUUCCCUCCUGAGACGGAUCACAUCAUCUCUUCUCCAGACUUUUGUCCCAACACCCUCAAUUACCCAUCUGCCGCACUCGCUCAGCUUCGAUUAAGCAAGAUCGACGACAGCAUCUUCCGGCUGCCCAAAUACAGCUUACAACCCAAGAGGUCGUUGCAAAGCCUCGGCGACGGUGUGCUACCGGAACACUCCCGAGCGCUGGACGGAGAUCUGCGUAUCCGGUUCGCGCCAUACAUCCCGCAUGACUGCAGCGAUGCGACUCGCGAUAUCUCGAUUCCCCGGUUCGAUUUUGAACAUGAUAAUCUACAGGCGAGAGACUGGCUGGCAUCUAGCGCGGAAAACCUCGAGGUGGACAUGGAUCGCGAUUCGCUCGCGAAUACGGGCGUCUCAAUGGAGGCGGAUGUCUCUGCGACUGGAGCGACGCCCUCACUAGCUGAUCGAGAAACUGUUCGUCAAAGGCUUGAGCGAGCUCGAGCCCAAGUAUGGCCAAAGUACCUGGAAAUGGCAGCCCGGACGAGAUCGGAGGUGCAAAGGGAGGCAGCUACCAGGCAACCAGCUGCUGCAGGCUCGAUUCUCGACAAGGUCAUCAUCACGCCGCUUGGGACGGGCAGUGCCACUCCCAGCAAGUACCGCAAUGUCAGCGGCACGCUCAUCAGCGCACCUGAUUGUGGCAACAUUCUCUUGGACGCUGGCGAGAGCACAUACGGCCAGCUUUGUCGCCACUUUGGGGACAAGAUCGACAAUGUUCUUCGAGAUUUGAAGGUGAUCUUCAUCAGCCACAUCCAUGCCGAUCACCACCUUGGCCUCACGAGACUGUUAAACGCACGGGAGAGGCUUUGGCCGCCGCCAAGGGAAGAGAUAUUUAUCAUUGUGAAUCGACACAAUCGGACUGCACUGGCGGAGCACGAUUCCUUCGAAAACUUGGGCUUCCGCUCAAGACAUGUGCGGCCAAUCUGGAGCUCCAUGAUCAACAUUGACUCCGAGGAUAUGACCCAUCGAAGCUCUCCGCAAGGGUCGGACUCACGGAAGGCUGUGGCAGACCUGAUGAAGCAAAUGAAUCUGACACAGUUAAACACCAUACUCGUCACACACCGCACCCCACAAUGCUACGGGAUCAUUCUAAAGCAUCGAGACGGUUGGUCCGUAUCCUACUCAGGCGACACGAUGCCCUGCAAAGCCAUGGAAAACGCUUCGAAAGGUGUCACGGUCCUCAUCCAUGAGGCAACGCUCGAAGAUGGCCAAGAAGAAAUGGCAGCAGCGAAAGGUCACAGCACUUUUGGGCAAGCCAUCCAACUCGCGAAAAACGCCAAUGCCGAGCAUUGCUUUUUGACGCACUUUUCGCAGCGCUACCCCAAGCUCGCCCGUCUUGGCGGCGAUUCAGACCAGAGUGCUGGCAGUUUAGGCCCGACGGUAGCGAUGGCGUUCGACCUAAUAUCACUUCCCAUCUCAGACCUGUGGAAGAUGGACAGGUACAGACCAGCUAUGGAACUGUUAUAUCAAGCUGACGGAGACGCUGAGCGAGACAAGGAUAAAGACAAAGACAGAAAGAAAGAUGAGGAGAAGCAGAAUGAAAGAGAUGAUGAAACGCGAACGGAGGUGGACGAGCAGCAAAAUGAGCAGAAGAAGGAUACCGGUAAACCCGGAGACAGGCGGUGGAAGGGGACGCGCGACAACGGGCAAGAUGGCCCACAGCAGCGGCAGCAGCAAUGCGAAGAGAGUGUGAUCAUGGCUGAGCCACUCGUGCGAGCUCAACAGCAAAGUAAGUGGCUGCACGAAGUGGCGAUGGAUAAGGUCAUGCUGCCGGGUAGGAGAAUCCUAGCGCCAACUGCAAUCGUUCAGGCUCCGCAAGGGAAUUUGUCGAGGUCGCCGCACCACGGCGAUGGUAAAGCCUUGCAAGGACAAGCCCUCGUGCAUUGGCAGCAAGAAGUUCAGCGAGCACGACAGGCAGGGAAAUUGCCCAGGCUGCCGUAUCACGACAAUGGUAAACCCCUGCGCGGGCAAGAUCUCGUGCUUUGGAAGCAAGAAACUCAGAAAGCCAAGUUGCAAGCUGGACCCUCAUCAAGAAUGGCGCGCAAGCGUGGCUCGUCUUUCAUCUGUGUACUAUUGUGAGUACCUCGCGAGCGUGUCACGUGUAAGUCAUCAUUCCGG